AUGGGCGACGAUGAGGAUGUCGACUUUGACCGACUCAUGGAUGAGCUUAUGGCCUUGCCUGACAGUUGUGAAGCUGAAGCAAGGGAUGAAGCAGAAGAAGAGAAUGAAGAAGGGUCAAUGGAGGAGGAGGAAGAGGAUCAGGAUGAUGAGGAGGAGGACAAAGGGCAGGAAGAUGAGGAGGACAAAUGGCAGGAAGAUGGCGAAGAGAUUUUGGAUGAAGAAGAAGAUGAUGGUCAAGAUGAACUUGAGGAGGGUGACUCCGACUCUGAAGAAGGUCCUGCGAAGGAACUCCACCCUGAAAGUAGUUCUUUGGAUAGCGACGAAGAACUCUCCAGCGAAUGCGCCUCCUCUGAAGAAGACGAGGAAGCCAGUGAAGAUCAAACCGAAGCGCCUGUCCCAGCUGAUGGUGCUGAUGAUGGGUCCGAGCCGAAACUACUGAAUAGCAACCUGCCAGAUAAGAUAAAAGGUGUGACCAACAAGGCUGACUGGGAGAAGUUUGGGCGCGAAUGCAGCAACAGGAAGAAGUUUCCGGUCAAAUUGACUGAGCACUUGCAAAGGAACAAGAAUGACCUUUUCAACCUAUGGAUGUCUUGUGGCAAGUCCUUGGACAGGGUUGCUGUAGAAGUUGAGCGCCGAGUGGAAAACGUCAACCGCUUUCGCUCUGGGCGUGAGGGCAUGAAAGCGAGGGACAUCCGCAGCAAGUACCCAGAGCCCAAGGCAACUCAGCUCAUUGAGAUGCUUCGCAAGAAGAACAUGUGGUACUGGGAUGAAGAUUUCCCUGAGGAUGAAGAGGAGAUCUACUACUACUGUGGCCGCGCCAAGCGAGUGGACGUCGACAACAUCACGUCAGAAAGGAUGUCUUUGCGUGCUAAGGGCCGACCCGAUCAGGAGACCCUGGCAACCCUCACCGGUGAUCAUGGGCCUCUCAAUGCUGGCGCUCUUCCUGCCGCUGACUCUGCCCACCCUGACGGUGAGAAGAGUCUGUGGGAGGCAAUGACCAAGCGGGAUGUGGCAAAGCCCAAACCCCGCCCCAAGGAGAAAGACCCAGCAGCAGAGGUGGUCGUGCCCAAGACUCUGAAAGAGAUGGCUUCAGAUUCAAUGGGCGAGGCUUUGGGUAGGGGAGCUGAAGCUCGGAAGAUGGCUUUGUCUUUGAAGCAUGUCACAUAUGGCGGUGAGCUCCACAGCAAGCUCAUGGAGUUUUCCAAUACCAUGGAGACUCUAUACCAUCAGUUUCAUGAGCUUGGCAGCAAGGGGCGCUUUGAUGAACCCAAAGCCAAACAGCUCAUUGCCAAAACGGCCGACCACUUGAAAUGGUGGGAGAAAGCGAAGGUGGGGCCUCUCAAAAAGGGUUUUGCUUUUUAA